GUGUGCAACCCAGCAGAAGACAUGGAGACUCAGAACAUGAAUCUGAAAAAGCCUAUGUUAUUCACUCUUGAAAAGUUUCACAUUUCUGAAGAUUAUGGUUUUAUCCUUCCGGAUCCAUUGCAGGAACUUUCCCAUUACUACAUGCCCUGGAUGGAAAUUGCCAGCAAUUUGCCUCUCAUGAUUGAGAAUCAUGAGCUCCGAGUCCGAGUGGAUACGAUGCCUCUAUUAAGCUGUCACUUCCUGAAAGGUCAUCGCGAACAAUACUUGGCCCACUUGCUGCUAAGCUGUAUUACAAUGGGAUAUGUCUGGCAGGAAGGAGAGAAGCAUAUUCCUAAGGUUUUGCCAAGAAACCUGGCCCUUCCCUUUGUGGAGAUCUCUCGAACCUUGGGUCUGCCCCCUAUCCUGGUGCACUCAGAUUUAGUCCUGACCAACUGGAAGAAAAAGGAUCCAAAUGGUCCACUGGAAAUCAGGAACCUGGACACCAUUGUAUCAUUUCCAGGAGGUGAGAGUCUGAAGGGCUUUGUCCUAGUGACUCUUUUGGUGGAGAAGGCAGCAGUGCCUGGUAUUAAGGCACUAGUUAAGGCCAUAAAUGCCAUCCUCCAGUCCAAUGAAGAUGUUCUACUUCAGGCAUUGCAGCAGCUGAGAACAUCCAUUGAUGAGAUGGCCAAAGCCUUGAGACAGAUGCAUGAUUAUGUAGAUCCAGCCAUAUUUUAUGCAGUCAUCCGGAUCUUUCUGUCUACCUUCUUGCGCAGAAUGAGGGAAUACAUGCCUCCUUCCCAUAGAGCCUUCUUAGAGGAAAUCCACUCUGCCCCUUCUCUGAAGGAGUUCAUCUUGUCAUCUAGGAGCUGCCUGCUGCAUGAAGCCUAUAACCAGUGUGUGAAAGCCCUGGCUGAACUGAGGAGCCAUCACAUCAACAUCGUGGCCAAGUACCUCCUUACUGGGGCAGCCAAGGCCAAAGAUGGGGGCUUGGACUGCCUUACAGGGCCGCCUCAGGCACUGGCAGAGAAGGGCACAGGGGGAACAGUUGUCUUCAGUUUUCUGAAAAGCGUCAGGAACACAACUCUGGAAGGAAUCAUUGACCAA